AUGCUGGUCAAUUACCAGGGCCUCUUCCCGAUCAAUGAGAUUGAACGGGCAACGCAAACCCUCCCCAAGAGAUCAGACUAUGGUGGGCGCAUGGUCGUAAUCAGAGACAAAUACGUUGUGAAAUAUGGCCCGCUUGUGACCGAAAAUGAGGGAUAUACUCUAAUUUUUGUUGAAAAACGACUCAGUAUCGCAGUACCACGACUCUACGCCAUGUACCGCGAUGGGGACAUCCUGUAUAUCGUCAUGGAAUACAUCCCCAACAUUCCUCUAGGGAUGGCGUGGUCUUCGCUCACCGAGGCAAAUAAAAUUUGA